AUGACAUUAUUCAAAGCUAAUCAACGUUUUUUUGACGUACAAAAUGAACCACAAGAAAUGCUCUUACCAAUCGAAGGUUAUGAAGAUAUGCCAUUAUUAUCUUUGAAAAUGUCUGUCGGAAAUUUGGAAAGACUGGUAUCAAAAGCAAUCGAAAAUGCAAAUAUUGCUACAGAAAGAUCUAUUUAUCCUGCCAAUGGAUUAAGUCAAGAUGAAUCUGCUUCUAUUUGUUUAUAUACAAUGGAUUGGAAAAAAAAUGAUCAAUCUUUAUGUGCUCGACUAAAUGCUGCACUUCGAUCAACAGAUCGAUCUGAACUUGUUCCAUAUUUUUUCUACUUGAAAUUAUUCUUAACUGCUUUAUGGAAAUUAAAAUCAGUGAAAAAAACAGUCUGGCGAGGAGUUAACGCCAAUCUAAGUAAUCAAUAUCCAAUUGGAAAAACUAUUAUUUGGUGGGGAUUUAGUUCAUGUAUUGGAUCAUUUGAUGACAUUGAAUCAGAUAAAUUUUUGGGUAAAAAAGGACAAAGAACAUUAUUUGAAAUAGAAUGUGAAACAGGCAAAGCAAUUAAUGGACAUUCAUAUUAUCAUGAUAUAGAUGAAAUUCUUCUUUUACCUGGUAUUCAACUUCAAGUUAUAGAUCAAAAUUAUCCGAGUAAUGAUUUAUGUAUAAUUCGUCUAAAAGAAAUUCAAUCAUCAUCAUCGCCUUAUCUUCAAUCACCAUUGACAUCUUCUACUAUGAAAAUUGCAACAAAACAAAAUAACAAUAAACCACAUUCCGCUCCAUUAUCAUCAUCUACACGUCAUAUUACAAAUUCUUCAAAUGUACAAAGAAGUAAAUCAUUAUGUACAUCAUCAUUACAUAUUCCACAAACUGCAACAAAAGUAACAAGAAAAGCAUCAAAAUCUUAUGAAAACAAAGUAUUAAAAGAACUAAUUAAUAAAGAAAGAAAAAAAGAAUCCAUUCGUUUUCCAAAACAAAUGCUGAAUUAUGAUGAUAUGGAAAUGAUUGCUGAUGAAUUAAUAUCAAAUAAAUAUUGGACAAUCAUAUAUUUAUGGGAAAAUUAUAUAAAUGAAAAACAUAUGUUAAUAUUAAUGCAUGGUUUACAAUUGAAUUCAACUUUAAUAUGUCUUAAUCUUGAUUGUAAUAUGUUAGGUGAUGAAGGCACAUCUAUAUUAGCUUCCUUACUUAAAACAAAUACAAGUUUACGAACUGUAUAUUUGAAUAAAAAUCAAAUAAACGACAUUGGUGCUCAUGAAUUAGCUUGUAUGUUAUAUGUUAAUAGAACAUUGAUACAUCUUGAACUUUCAUCAAAUUCUAUUGGGGAUGAUGGAGUUGCUGCUAUAAGUAAUGCUCUCAAAGUUAAUAAUUCAUUACGAACAAUAUAUUUAAAUGAUAAUAAUAUUACUGAAAUUGGUGCUGAAUAUCUUGCUGAUAUGUUACAAAUAAAUAAAACAUUAAUAGAUCUUCAACUCUCAUCUAAUCCUAUAGGUGAUAAUGGCGUAAAUCUUAUUGCUCAUGUUUUAAAACAAAAUAUAACAUUAGAAUCUCUUCAUAUUGGUCAAACAAUAACAACUAUUAAAAGUAUGCAUGAAAUAGGAAAGAUGCUACAAAUGAAUACUAUGUUAAAAAGUUUGUAUCUGAAUAAUAAUAAUCUUGGAGAUGAUGCAUUGAUGAUCAUUAUUCCUUUUCUAAUGAAAAAUAGAACAUUAACAACUCUUGAUUUAGCCAUGAAUAAUUUAACCGAUAAAAGUGCAAAUGAACUUGGAUAUUUAUUGAAACAAACACAAACAACACUUACAAAUCUUAUAAUUAGUUAUAAUCCACUUGGUGAUAUGGGUAUUUCAUUUAUUGCUUCUGCACUCAUGAACAAUACAAGUCUAGUUAAAUUAAUAGUUGAAUCUGUAGAGAUGACAAUUGAAGGUGUUCGUCAAUUAGCUAAUAUGUUAUGCUCCAAUAAAACGCUUCGCUAUCUUGCUUUAAAUAAUAAUGAAAUAGAUGAUAAUUGUAUGAAAUUACUUGUUAAUGGAUUACAAUAUAAUAAAAGUUUACAAAAUUUAUAUUUAAAUAAUUGCAAUUUAAAAGAUGAAUGUGUUCCAUUCAUAAUAAAUAUAAUGAAACAAAACAAAACAUUAAUUUAUAUUGAGCUUGUAAAAAAUCAUCUUACAGAACAAGGUAAAAUGGCAAUAAAUCAAGCUGCUAUGUUAUAUAAAACAUGUUCUAUAUACUUGGAUUUUAGUUUUCAACGAGUACAUUGA